ACAAGAUAAAUACUCAACUUUGCAUAAUAUUAUAUAUUUUUUAUUUGAAGCAGUUGAUAAUUGUUACAUAUUCUGACAUAUCGAUAAAAAUAAUAAGACUAGUUCGAGGUUUUCAGAACAAGUCUUUAGUUUCUGUAGUUCUGCCAUGAACACCUUUAAUGCGAGACUCGGUUUGGCAAUGCUGGUGCUUGCCAAUUUGGUCACCAUCGUAAGUAUCUCGACACCAAAUUGGAUGGAGUCAGAGUUGGGGAAUAUGGGCCUGUGGGUAAAUUGCACUGGCCAGAAAUGUGAUUCGGUAUUUGACAAUGCACACGGCUACGCAAUCAAAGAUUCCCUGAUCGCAACACAGUGUCUGAUGAGCAUUGGACAACUUGUGAUUCUUGUUGCCCUUGUCCUCGCAUGUUCGGAAAUGUGCUGUAAAUACACUGGCUGCAACUACACACAGUGCGUCUUUGGUUUCCUGUCCAUAGGUGAAGUACUUAUCGGAGUAGCUGUCGUUAUAUUUGGAGUCACUUCCUCGAGGGACAUUGGAGCUGGGAAUUUUGGUUGGUCCUUUUGGCUGGCAGUGGUGGCCAAUGUAAUGAUAAUUCUGACGACGCUGUUGUACCAAUGUUGUUCCAUGUAAACAGUCGAGCAUGACACUCUCCCCCCGGAAACAGACAUAUAGUAAUAGACUACAGCGCUACAUCUGUGUAUUCUUGAUUUGUUUUGAAAUUCAGUGAAUUUUGAUGUUUAUUAGGUAGUCUUUAUUCAUAAUUUUGCUCAGAUAUAAUCAUUAAUUCAAACUUUUUAUUUGAAAUAUUAAUUUACAUUGACUAAUGCUUUGACUUUAAUAAACACAUUUUAAUGUU